AUGGCAAAGCAUCAUCCGGAUCUAAUUUUCUGUAGAAAACAACCGGGUGUCGCUAUUGGUCGUCUAUGCGAAAAAUGUGAUGGCAAAUGCGUCAUUUGUGACUCUUAUGUACGGCCUUGUACUCUCGUACGGAUCUGUGAUGAGUGUAAUUAUGGUUCAUAUCAGGGCCGGUGUGUAAUUUGUGGUGGACCCGGAGUUUCAGAUGCUUAUUAUUGUAAAGAAUGUACAAUACAAGAGAAAGACAGGGAUGGAUGUCCGAAAAUUGUCAAUCUUGGUAGUUCAAAAACUGAUUUGUUCUAUGAGAGAAAGAAAUAUGGUUUUAGAAAGCAU